AUGGACAUGGUCAUAUCCCGCCGUUCGUUCUCCGACGACAUCGUUCCGGGCACUAAGCAUGAUGAUGCAAUAAGAUUGCAUCCACAGGAUAUGCAGAAAUCAGAUUCUGGGUCAUCAGAUUCCCUUGAUAGCUUAUUUGGUGACAAAGAUGCAAUCAGUGCUCUGGAGGAAGCACCUGCUAUAGUCAAGUCCUACUAUGACAAAAGAAUAGUUGGAUGCCUUGGUGAUGAAGGAGGUACUUCUCAUAUUGGUCUCAUAUUUUUAACAGUGCAUAAGGGGUUCUGUUGUUCUCUUGGACAGUGA